GAGGAAUGCCGAAAUCAAAGGAGCUUGUUUCUUCAAGCUCUUCGGGCAGCUAUUCUGACAGUGAAGUUGAAAAGAAGUUAAAAAGGAAAAAGCAAGUUGCUCCUGAAAAACCUGUAAAGAAGCAGAAGACUGAUGAAACUUCCAGAGCUCUGGCUUCCCCCAAGCAAAGCAGCAGCAGCAGCGAUGACAACAUGUUUCAGAUUGGGAAAACGAAGUACGUCAGCGUUCGAGAAUUUAAAAGGAAUGUUCUAAUUGAUAUUAGCGAAUACUGGAUGAAUCAGGAUGGUGAAAUGAAACCAGGAAGAAAAGGUAUUGCUUUAAGUCCGGAGCAGUGGAGCCAGCUGAAGGAACAAAUUUCUGACAUUGAUGAUGCAGUAAGAAAACUGUAAAACCUGAGCCAUAUACAACCUGUACUGUUCUAGUUGUAUU